AUGAAAUUCUUUGGAACUACCCUUCUUGCCCUUGCCGCUAGCACUGCUGCUUUCACUCCAGCUACCUCUGGACCCAAGAGCUCUGCUCUUUUCUCGGCACCACCACCACCAGGUCCCGGAACCGCCCCACCAGGACUCGCCCGUGGAAACCCUGUCACGCAACAAAUUGCCCGUUCUGGAAACAGCCACCCUCAAUCUGCUGCUGUCUGGGAUGCUUCUCAACCAGUCCUUGUACAGGGUGGAUCCCUUAAGACUUGGUCUUUCGCUUCCCCCGCUGUCGAACGUGUCCAAGUUGUCAUGAAGACCGAGGGACGUCCUUUGGAUGCCAACCUUGAAUUGUGGCAAGGUCCUGAUAACACCCCUUACAAGAUGCGUGUUUACGUCGAGGAUGGUGCCCAACGUUCUUUCAACUGUGUUAUCGAGACCCCUCGUGGACCCAACACUGUUGCCAUCCGUAACACUGCCAACCUUGAAUUCCCUCUUGUUGCUGGAGUUGUCCCAUCGGAAGUCCGCGAACGAAUCUCCCCAAUGGCCGGUGCCAAGUCUACUCCCAGAACCAUUCAGGGAGGAGCCCUCAGAACGUACCCCUUCGACCCCAAUGUCGAGAGUGUCAGAAUUGUCCUUCAAACUGAUGGACGUCCAUUGAACUCCCGUAUCGAAUUGUUGCAAGGUCCUAACAAUAUCAAGCAAGUUAUGGAAUUGUACACUGAAGACGGUAUGGACAGACCGUACAUUGCCAUCAUCGAGACUCCAGGAUCCGGAAAUGUUGUUCGUGUUGUCAAUACUGCCACUAUGGAAUUCCCAUUGACGGCUUUGGUCGAAGCCGAUAUGAUCGGAGAUGGUAUGGGAGGAGCAGCUGAAGCUGUCCUUGGAGGAGACGGUCCAGGAUUCAUGUUGGACCGUGCCUGGUAA